UAAACAAAGUUAGCUAAUAACGCAGUACAGAUUGACUUCCUUAUCGUGGGACCUUCGACCUGUUGAUUAUAAAACGAACAUGGAAACAUCACCAACGAAAACUGGCCAUAUUGUUUGUAAAAAUGCUGUUAAGAAGGCUGAUCAAGUGUACGGCUUCGUGCGCCAGAUACUCUACCGAGACCAAAAGUGCCAUCGCGACCGCCUUGUACAAGUUGCACGUGGAGCAGGGUGGAAAAAUGGUAAACUUCGCCGGUUAUUACCUACCGGUUCAGUACAACGAUCUCAGCAUCACCAACUCUCACGUACACACCAGAGAAAAUGCCUCUCUCUUCGACGUCUCUCACAUGUUACAGACCGAAGUCACAGGUAAGCAGUGCGUGAACUUCUUCGAGGAGCUCUGUACCGCCGACAUAGCCGGACUGAAGGAGGGCGCGGCCACGUUGACAGUCUUCACGAAUGAACGUGGCGGAAUUUUGGACGACUUAAUCGUGACGAAAGUCAACGACCACCACCUCUACAUCGUCUCCAACGCCAACCGCAAAGAACAGGACCAGAAACUCAUAAUGAACGCAUUUCAAAGUUUUAAGAAGCUGGACAUCGAUAGCGACAUCAACGUGCGAUUCUACGAUCCCUCGGAGCGCUCCCUCGUUGCGCUUCAGGGACCAAAAGCUUCUCAAGCUCUUCAGGAGAUUGCCGACGUAAAUUUGUCCGAGUUGUUUUUCAUGAAUUCUACCUUGGCCACCGUUGGCGGCGUCGACGGUUGCAGGAUCACCAGGUGUGGCUACACCGGCGAAGACGGUUUCGAGAUUUCCAUACCGUCUAAAAGAGUCGUGGAGGUCGUCAGGACGAUCAUGCAAAACAGCGCGGUUCGACUAGCCGGCCUAGGCGCCAGGGACUCGCUUAGACUGGAAGCCGGACUGUGCCUCUACGGCAACGACAUCACCGAGCACACGACGCCGAUCGAGGCCACCCUCACCUGGCUGAUCGCCAAAAGCCGAAGGGAACGCGCGGACUUCCCGGGAGCCAAGGAGAUUCUGGGUCAGAUUAAGGGCGGCUGCAAGCAGAAGCGGGUGGGGUUCGUGCUCGAAUCGGGCCCGCCCGCCCGGCACAACGCGCUGAUCUUCAACGGCGACAAGCAGAUCGGCAUCGUGACGUCCGGAUGUCCAGCGCCGUCGCUCGGGAAGAACAUCGCCAUGGGAUACGUCGCGACGGAGUUCAGUAAAGUUGGCACGAAACUGAAGCUGAAGGUGCGCGAGAAGAUGUACGAUACUAUCGUUACGAAGAUGCCUUUUGUGAAAUCGAAUUAUUACAAUAAACCUAAGUAGUAGCUUAUUAAUCAUA